CCCUCCUCCUCUUCCUCUCCCUCGCUCCCGGCCAGCCGCCUUUCCUCGGAGGGGCGAGACGCGCGCAGAGCCCACAGGCCCCUCUGGCCGCAAGCGAUGGGCGACAUCCCCGGCCUCGUGAAAAUCAGCGUCUCCCUCAAAAUCCAGCCCAACGACGGCGCCGUGUAUUUCAAGGUGGACGGGCAGCGCUUCGGUCAGAACCGCACCAUCAAGCUGCUGACCGGGGCCAAGUACAAGAUCGAGGUGUCCCUCCGACCCGGCACCGUCCAGGCCACGACCAUGGGCAUCGGCGGUGUUAAUGUCCCACUGGAAGAAAAAUCCCGUGAUGCACAAGUGGCCUCUUACACAGGGAUCUAUGACACUGAGGGGGUGCCCCAUACCAAAAGUGGGGAGAGACAGCCCAUCCAAGUCAACAUGCAGUUUAAUGACAUUGGAGUUUUUGAGACAGUCUGGCAAGUCAAAUUCUACAACUACCACAAACGGGAUCAUUGCCAGUGGGGAAACAGCUUUGGCAGUAUUGAGUACGAAUGCAAACCAAAUGAAACACGCAGUCUCAUGUGGAUCAAUAAAGAGACCUUCCACUGAAGAGAUGGGAAACCAAUACUGCUGGACAAUCUCCCUAAAAAAAAAAAAUCUACCUUUUUAAACCAGCAAGAAGCCUUAAUAAAGGCAUACUGUAACACUGCUUUGUCCAUAAGGUACCAGCAACUACAUUGUAUAUACAGGUGGUGCCACUAAAAUAUUUGCCUAUUACUGUAUUUUAGGUUUACCAUGGCACCUGCAACAUUCUUUAUCUGUCGCCCUGAGAAUCCUGAAAGGUUCAUGGUAAAGGAUUAUCUGAUAGCUUGGUAGGAUGUCAUAUCAUAAUACUGUUGUAAGUAUUUGGAUUAUUCUGACUAGAUGUAACAACUUUUGUGAAGUGUUUUGCUUCAUUGCUUAGAAUUUGGAUUAACAUCACAUUGGUGAUUUCUGUAUUUACAUUUGUGUUUGCUCCAAAAUUGGUGUGUUCUUUCAAGCAUUUUGUUGUACUGUCUUCCCAGUGGACACCAAAAAUUAAAAAUAUGGUUACUUGUAGGUUUAGCUAAAUGGCAGCUAAUGCACUGUUGGUAUUAUGCUUUCAUACCAAGGGAUUUGGGAACUCAUUCUCCCUUUUGUUAAGUGCUAUAAGAUAUUCUGUGAAGUUUGCUAAUUUACCAAAUCUCCUAAAGAGGAUUAUUUUUUGUUACGUUUUCCAGUCUUUGAAAUAGCAUUAGGAAAUGGUGUAAAACAUGAUGAAGGAAGAGCAAUAAGUCCAUUGUGUUAUCCAAGACAUCUAACAACAUGGCUAUGACCUAUCUUAAGAUCAUAUAGUAUCCUUGAGAGAUACAGCAGCCAUACCUAAUUUAUUUCCCAGAGUAAGAGUUCUGAUAUUAAACUCCAUUCUUAUUUUAAUUGCACAUUGAUGAGAUCAGUUAAAUCUUACAAAUUGACAUUUAUAAGCCUGACCACUGUAUUCAUUGACAAGAUUUCUGACCAACAAGCACUCAGUAGUGUGAAGGUGCAGAUCCCAGGGCAUGUUUAUACAUGCACUGCAGUCUUUCAAAUAAAGAUAAGCAUGCAAGCAUUUGCAUAGUUAUAACUAAAGGUGUUUCAUAAACACCUGAUCAGUGUUUAACUCAAACAGACAACACAAAACAGAUGUAUCUUUAAUUUCUGUAAAGACAGGGAAGGAAGGAAACAACUACACUUGUCCUGUCUUUAGCUUGGGUUGAAGUAAGCUGUCAGUUCCUGCAUAUCUGUUAUUCCCUUUGUGAAUAAUUUGUAAAUUGUAUAUGUAAAUGGUAAACAUGACUUCUGAUCUUUGUAAUAAAGGACCUAAACAAUU